AUGACUAAGAUCGCUCUGCUCGGUGCCGCGGGCCAGAUCGGCACGCCGCUGAGCUUGCUGUGCAAAACUAGUGACCUAUUUGACGAGAUCUCCCUCUCCGACCUCGUUCAUGCCCCCGGUAUUGCAACAGACCUAAACCACAUCGACACCAAGGCCGUGGUUUCUGGCUACCUCGCCGCCGAGAGCGAUGGCCUGAAGAAGGCGCUGCAGGGAGCCGACUUCAUAGUUGUCACAGCCGGUAUUGCACGCAAGCCUGGAAUGACUAGGGAUGACCUGUUCAGGACCAAUGCAAGCAUUAUUCGCGACAUUUUCACUGAGGUUGCCACAACGUGCCCUCAGGCGAUCAGCUGCGUCGUUACCAACCCCGUCAACUCGACCGUCCCAGUGGCAGCCGAGGCCCUCCGGAAGAGAGGUGUCUUUGACUCAACCCGCCUCUCCGAACUCACGACGCUCGACGUCGUGCGGGCCUCGACCUUCGUCGCCCACGCCCUGGGCGGCGGUGCCGAUCCCAAGCAGUUCAAAGUGCCGGUCAUCGGGGGCCACAGUGGUGGCACCAUCCUGCCGCUCUACAGCCGGUCGGAACCCAAAGUCGAUGUCGAUGCUGAGACCUUGGCAAAGUUUGGCGGCGACGAGAUUGUCCAGAGCAAGCAGGGCGCUGGCAGCGCGACGACCUGCAUGGCCUACGCGGGAUUCAGAUUCGUCAAUGCCCUCCUUGCGGCCAGGGCGGGCGCGGCCAGGGCGGGCACGCCCGUCACGGAAGAGGCAUACGUCUAA